AUGGAUGAUGUAUUUGAACAAGUAUUAGUUAAAAAAAGUGAUGAACUUCAUUCUCGUAUACGAUCGUUAAUUGAAGAUUUAAGGAAUGUCAUUCACGAUAAUGACUUCAAUAAUCCAGCCAAAAUCAAAUAUUCAAGGGAAAUCUUUUCUAGUUUACAUUUACUGGUUAGCGAAUUUGAAUCAUCUCCCAAACUUUUAGAUCUCAAUUUAGCGGUCUAUAUAGAAUCGUUAGCUGACUCGUAUUUGUCGCUAUAUUCAUGUGAAGUUGACAAUGAUGUUAACAAACAUUUAGAAUAUGGGAUAGCUGGGAUUAUAUAUGACUUUUCUAAAAUAAGGGGAUUCAAAUUCAUCACUAACUUUUUUUCAAGUGAUGUUUAUUCAAUUCCCAAACUAUUAGAAUUGACUGAAAAUACAAGCUUAAAUGAAAAUGAAAUAUUUUUGAUCUUAAUAUGGCUUUCUAACCUAGUUCUUGUUCCAUUCCCUCUUACCUUAAUUGAAGAAGAUUUACCAAAUAGGUUGCUUACAUUUGGUUUGGGUUGUCUUGAAAAGCAUUCUAAUGCGUCUAAAAACCAAUCAGUUGCACUGAUUUUAAUAUCCAGACUCAUUUCAAGACAGGACUUAAUACAUGAUGGUAUGCUUGAUUUCUAUUUUAAAGAUAAGGUUGUACCUAUCUGGAGCUCAUUGUCAUAUAACAGCGGCUCAAUCAAAUUGGGACACACGAUGGUGAUAAAUAAGUUAAUGAAGAGAUGCUCAUUUGAAGUUAUGCGUAGAUAUUUGGAUACUAUCCAUAAAGAAGUCAUUUUAGUUGAUUUGGUAAAUCUACGUACACAAGAAGAGUCUUCUAUGAACGAAUUGAAUAACCUUAAUAUUUUGUAUAUCAUUAAGAUAUUGAACAAACUAACCAAAUUUUAUUUGCAUCUGCCUGAAUCUGGGAAAUUCUUGCAGACUUCUAACAUAGUGAAUAUUUUGCUUCAUGAUGUAAUGGGCAUAAUGUUAGAUAGAUUUGAUACUAACUUAAGAUAUGCAAUGGCAAAGAAUUUGAGUAAUAUAUGUUCCCAGCUAUCAGUGCAAGCAAUGAAUUACCAGGAACAAUUAGUUACGUAUCUUAUAGAACAAUUAGAAAUCCCUGACAUUGAAAUUCCCUAUUCCCCAUAUGAAAAAUCAAUUAGUGGUUCAAACCGAUUUCAAGCCGAUUUAACGAUUAAUUCCGAUAGCAUUUCUAUAUCAAAGUACCAUACCAUUUUGUUAUUCUUCGCCUAUGUAUCGCUCAAGAAAUCGUUACCAUAUCAUUUAAUUCUGCUGAUAUUGAGCAUUGUGCAUAAAACUCUAUUUAUUCAGCAAAAGCGAGUAACAUCUGUUUUGGGAACUCAAGUACGGGAUUCUUCGUGUUUUAUCGUAUGGUCACUAUGUAGGAUGAUAAAAAUAGAUACGUUCAUUGCAUUGAAGAGAGAGAAUCAGAAUAUGAUGGAAAUUAUCUUAUAUGACUUGAUGAAGGUUGCAAUUUUUGAUUUUGAUCUUACAAUACGAAGAUGUAGCGUGGCAGUGAUCCAGGAAUUUGUUGGGAGAUUUGGUAAUAACUUAUUCGGGCCUAAAUUUAGCUCUGGAGAGAAAACGGGUCUGUUUAUAAUAAAGUUAGUUGAAAUAUUUAAUAACCAAUCUCUAGGCUCUUUAAAUCUGUCAUACUCGAUGAUUCAUGAGCUUAUUCGUAUCGGAUAUAAACCAGAUAUUUUUAUUUCUUGCUUAUUAAAUAACAUACAAGACGAUGAUAACAGCUUUGAUGUGAAAAGGUUGAAUUCUUAUCAUUUGGCUAAGAUUUACAAAGACGAUAUGUCCACCGAUUUCGAUUUUGACUUUUUAAAAGACUUUUAUAGUACGAACUCUCUUCAAACAUUAUUGUCAACUCUCACCAUAAGAAUUUUAGAGUCAGGUAGCUCGCUAUAUGCCUUUUCCGAACUUGCAGCAAUUUCGCCUACCACUUCGUACCGCUUUGUUUCUGAGGUAGCAAGUUACUUAGAGGAGAAUUUCAAGUUUGAUCAUCAUCAUGACACGAAUGAAAAAGCAGAAGGAUACAUAAAGUGGAUAAAUUGUUGUAUGAUAAUUAAUUUUCCAAGGAUCAGCUUUAAUGCGGUAUGGAGAGAAAUAUUUAGUAUAGUGAAAACUAAGUAUUCUUUUGGUAUAGCAGAAGAGUUUAAGAAAUUCUUUAACCUUCUUUCUGAAAGAAAUGAGAUAAUCUCAUUUGAUUUGACAGGUUUAGCUCGUAUGGUUGAAAAUAACAACUUUAUUGUUGCACAAUCUUUGUUUUAUUAUCGAAAUUUUUCAAGCAACGAUAAAUUCUUUUUGAUUAAUUUAAUUCAAGAGAAGGGAAUCGACUGUGAUACCAGGUCGAUCAUGAUUGAAAGCUUGAGUGAAAACUUGGAAAAAUGGGAUCUUGACUUCUCUAAUUUGUCAAUAUUAAUCAACAUGUUAGAUGAUUAUACUAUAACGAAUCAAGGAGAUGUUGGCUCGAAGGUAAGACUUUCCACGAUAAACUUAAUAAGAAAUAAUGUAUCAAUAUUUAUUCAUAAAAUGGAUGAGAUUGAAGUCAAACUAUUGAGAAUUUCAGGAGAAUUAAUAGACAAGCUAAGAAUUGAAUCCACCAAACUAAUUAGCAUGAUAAAAAUGAAGCCAUUUCUGGAUAUCGACAACAGCAACAACUACAAGUUCUUGUUUGAAUACUACAGAAAUGAGGUAUUAGUAAAUAAGGACCAAUCUAAACAUACGGCUGAGCUAUCGAUUAACUUUUGGCGAGGAAUUGUAUUCAGCUUAGGUGCAUUGACUAUGACCACCUCGAUCACUAAUGAGGCUUUCCUCCAACUACUUGCAUUCUUAGAAUCCUUAAAUGAAGAGGAUUAUGAUUUUGUAUUUAAGGAAUUUCUAAAAUUAUUAAGAAUACCGACUGGAAGGCCAGUAAACACUUUGAGUACUAGAGAGCUUAAGGUUUAUAUGAUGACACUCAACGUAAUUGUAAAAUUAUUUGAAUCUAACACAGUGUUUCCGCUUAACUUUGAUUAUCAGCUAUUAUAUGUAAGAUGUUAUAACUUGCAUAUCAACACAUCGAAUGUCUUGAGAAUAGGUAUAAUAUUAAAGAUUUUCCAAUACUUAGGAACGUUACAAUCGCAAACCGAAGUAAAACUCAAAGCUCAAACAAGGGUAUGCUGGUUAUGCUGUCACCAUCCUCUUGAACGAGUUAGAAGCAUGGGUAGCGAGACGCUUUUCGAAAUUCUUAAUGAAAUAUCCCCCAACAAUGAUUGUAUAUCCAUGUUAGACUCCGUGGAUUGGAAAGAUUCACCUACAAAUUUAAAAAAAUAUUUCAAAUACUUCAAGCAAACAAUUACAACCCUAUAG